UUUGAAAUUUUGCGCUUCAUGUCGUCAUAACAAUAGUUUUACAAAUUCAAUAUAGCGAACAAAACACCAAUAAAUCUUUAUAAUAAUAAGAAUCCUUUUAAAAAGUGCGCAAAGUAUGAUAUCUUUGCUUUUGUUACACAAGGGGUGAGCGGCGCUCACUUAAAUAUCAGACAGAACAUGAAGGAAGAGGACGAACUUAACCUCACUGUGAUUCAAACGUACGACAAGUACUGCACACAAAUUCUGGACAAGUCUCCAAGUGCUCAUGUGUAUUCAUUUCAGAGUGAUAAGAAUGCAUGGGUAAGUCCUUAGUUGUAUCAACCCUUAUUAGUGCAAUAUUGCAUUCUUGCUUUCAUCUUUAUGUUUAUCUUGUAGUUAUAAUCACAAUUCUGAACCUUUGACUCAAUCAACUGACACUUAAAUCAUUGAGGAACCCCUCUUGACAGAAAAUGGAUAUUUUCCCCGGAUACCUGAAGCAAGGAUUUAUACAUUUUUGUUUCAAUCCAUUCAGCCGCUCCAUUGUCAUGAUGGUGAAGACGUAAAUGUCUGUUAAUUCCCAGAAACUCGAGUUACACCUGCACUGUACACCAAAAAUUCCUGAUUUAUUGCAUUUUACUGGUUGUGGCUUGUUUCAAAUCCAUGAGUAGCGAUUUCACUGCAGUUUGGUGUGAUUGGACUGCACUUAAAUAAUAGCUAAAACGAAAACAGGUGGCAUAUUUUUCCUGUAUAAGCGAUCGAAAGUUCCGUUUUUCGCUUUCAUGAUUCUGAACCGUAAGAGUCCGACAUUGAAUCAAAUCGAGUUAGUAACUGCAAGUUUACAGCUUCAGCUACACUGCCCUUUUCUUUUAUAUAAGACUUCGAAAGGGGAUAUAUUCUCAAUUUGGUUCUUCUCCGGUUCCGAUUGUGAACGCAUCGCGGAAAAACUUGGCAAACUUGUUCACGACGCUGGUGGCUUUGGACUAAAGAUAGCUCCUACAAACCAAUCCACAAAUUCCAAAUCUAAAUCUUCCAAUUCUGUAAUGAAUUCUAUGGUGGUUGCUCCUAAAUCUCCAGAAACAGUUACUAAAGGAUUAAAUCAGUUAAUGGAUUUCGUUCGUGCGUCCAAUGAAAAUUCCAAGUCAAACUCUUCAAACCCAUCCAAAGUUAAUGACAAUGUAUCUAAUCAUUUCGAAGGACCAAACAUAUUUGACAUGUUACACAAGGCAGAAGCUGAUUUUAAUUCAGGAAGUAAUCGAAGUGUAUCACAAUCAGACAUAACCGUCAAAAAUGAACUACAACGUUUUCGUACAGCUUGCAAUCUCCCAGUUUCAAAUGGAAAUAAUUCAUUCGGCAAUCAUUCUGGACCAGUUGCUAGUGGGGUUUCUAGGAAGAAUAAACUGAGUUCUGGGUCAUCUCAGAUUGUCAAUCAUAUUUCUGUUGCUGAACUUGAAGAACAAUUACUUCAGGAGCAUAUAUCUCUUCCUGAAAAAGUUGAUGGGCUAAAAUCACAUUCAAAGGUAUCCGGUGAAUUAAAAACAGUUGUCGCCACAGACGAUAGUUCUCCAGAUGACCAGGUUUUAUCACAUGUGUCAGCCAUGGAGUCUCCUGCCUGCUACCUUCAAGGACAUAAAGAUACUCGUGUUGAUCGAAAUCGCCGCCUUCUUAGUGAUGAUGCUGGCUAUGUGGAUGAUGUUGAUGAUGAGGAGGCAUGUGAAAACCGUAGUGGUCGUGGUUUACCCAAAAGUUAUGGAGUUGGCCAACGUAAACAGCGACGGCAUAUCCGUCAACAACACGACAGUCUUUCUGAUGAAAUACAUUCACCAUCAAAUCUGUCAGUUAACCGAAACAAACCCUCAAAUAUCACUCCCAAAUGUAAAACGAUCAUAGGAGAGGACACACUUGUUACACCUGACAUGUUGACCGGCGUCCCAUCAUCGAUCUUCCCCGGAAUAAUGUCCGGAUUUAAUUAUGAUAGACAUACCGUAUCAAGUCCUUUUUCAGAAAAUAAAGCUCCCAUCUCGUCAACAGAAAAAUCAGCCACGAGUGAAUAUCUUACGAAAGAUCAGUUAAGAGAAACACUAAUUCAUUUGUUACAGACAGAUGAUGAUUUCGUACAUCGUAUACAUACUGGUUAUGUUAAUGUAUUGGAAAAACGAUUGCCCAAAAAUUUCAGUUGUAUCAAUAAAGAAAAAAAUAUACAUGGAUUGAUUAACUAAUCAGCCAACUGUAUUUAUUGUGUCAAAAUUAGAUUAUGUUAAUUUUAUUUGAUCAAUUUACACACUUACUUUUGCAUAAAAAAAGAAAGAAGGAAACGAAUGAGAUAUGAUCUGUUCAAUGUUGUCGUUGUUUCUGUUUUGAUUGUUUUUAUUUCAGUAUGAAUUCGGAUAUUUGGUUUUUUGUUAGUGACAUUUAUCAUCCAUCGACGGUUGUAAUUUCUAAGCAUUUAUUAUUCCAUGCGUUUAUUUUAUGUAAGAAAUAAGCUCAUAUACAUGAAUAUACAUAUUGUGUAAAUCUUACUUUUCAUGUGAGAAUACGUCAUAUAUGAGAUGUUUUUCUAUUGUUAUCAAUAAUUAAAUAGUUGGUUUUCUUUUUUUUUAAGGAUUUCUACAGAUAGUAUAUUUUAUCUACCAAUUUCCGAUAUGUUGUAAUGUAUAUUUAUUGGUUUGGUUAUUUAAACUGCUCAUUCUUCAUCUACAAUAUUGUUUUUAAGAAAAAUAUCCGAAUAAAAUUGAAGUCAGAAGACCCACUCAAAUAUACAGUUGAUCUUUGCUUAUUUAAUCGUAUUGUUUGCGAGAGGUAGCCAUGGAAUUGUUAGUUCUAUCUGAUAAAGUUUAUUCGGACUUCCAUAUAUAGUUCCUCACUUCUUUUGUCUGAAGACAGAUCUCAUUUAACAUAUUUCUCUCCGUGUACAUAAUGUUUAAUUUCGUCCAAUUGUUUCCUGCUAAUGAUAAACAGGAGCACGUUGUCCUAGUGUUGUUUUCUCACCGUUCAUGGUUAUAGCAGCGCAUAAUUCAUCAAUGGAGAACGUAGUCAAAACUAAUAAUAUUUUAGUUAUAAAUCUUCCAUUCCUUUGGCGAUUUUGAAAUUUCGGGUUUAAAAAUUAAUAAUCUUCCCUAACCCUAUUUCUAGUUCAAAGUAAUAAAAAUAAUUGUAUUCUCUAACUCUACGUAAGUUGUUUCUGUGAAUAAGUUUGAAGUUGGUAAGGAAGUUUUCAUACACUCCAUUUUAAGACCCGCAGCAAAUCUUAUUUGGAAGUUAGUCACUUGUCUCAAAUAGAAAUUGGAAUUUUUACCUGUUAUGGUAAAACAUGUCAAAGCAUCUACAUGAACUACGAAGAGGUUUCUUCUCCAGUUACCUCUACUGGUCAAAGCUUCGACAAAAUAUUGAAUGCUUUCGCGUUAUUAAAUACGCAGAAUUUAGUCGAUAGGUUAUGAAUAGUCACUUGAGUUAAGUGAAAUUCGCGUCGUUUUAGAUAUCAAUCAAAAGAUUUUUUGUGUUAUCUCAAUUCCAUGUCCAUUACAGUGUGUGUAUAAGAAAUAAACGACAUUUCGUACUUCGGUACUGAAAUACUCAGAGUUUUGCCGAUUAGCUGAAAAUGAAAGCAUUUGUAGUAGCUUUGAAUUAAGACAAGAAUACAUGUAAUAUAAAGCGUUGUUCGAUAGAGCCACCAGCACAUUUUGACUUGACAAGAUAGCUUUACGCAACACUAAAUACUGCCAAUAGUUUUCCUGGAGUUCACACGUUCGAUACUAUCCACUUAAUUCAUUCGUCAAGGUUAUUCUUAUCUUCAGUAAAGCUAGGCUGUUUUAAUAUUGGUCAGAAAUUUGUUAAUCCGUAAAAUAUCAGAAAAGGAAUUAUUACAUUGCUGAGAUCGUCAGAUAUCUACCUUUAUAUGAUAAAGUGAACGCCGUGGUUCAAUUUCGCUCUGUACUUACAUAAUUUUUCUAAUGAUUUUCGUGUCCUACUUUGU